GUGCGCCCGUGCUCCUCAGCACGUCAAAACAACAGAGCGAGGCCCUGUCGGUGGAAGACAACACGUCGAGAAAGAGACGCGGCGUUACUUGUGAGGAGUUUUUGUGUCGAGUCGGUCAUCUGAGGACAAUCAAAACCCGUAAUCGAAAGGCUACCCAGCUCAUUGAAAUGGAUGACAUCCAUUUGGUCGAGUCCAAGCCCCUGCUGGUGGACAGGGAGCUGCCGGGCUUGAGAGAGGCUGUGCAGCAACUUAUGAUCAAGGAGCACGACGUGGAGACCCCCUACGGGAGGAUCCACUGCUCCAUGAAGGGCGUGCCCAAGGGCGACCGGCCUGUCAUCCUCACCUUCCACGACAUCGGCCUGAACCACAAGACCUGCUGGAACCCGGUGUUCAGCCACGAGGACAUGCAGGAGAUCAUGCAGCACUUUGCCGUGGUCCACGUGGACGCGCCAGGCCAGCACGAGGGGGCCAACACCUUCUCCAACGGGUAUGAGUAUCCCUCUAUGGACCAGCUUGCUGAGACCCUCCCCGCGGUCCUGAAGCACUUUGGGCUGAAGAGCGUGAUUGGCAUGGGCAUCGGCGCCGGGGCGUACAUCCUGACCAGAUUUGCUCUGGACUACCCCGCCAUGGUGGAGGGCCUGGUACUGAUCAACAUCAACCCCUGUGCUGAGGGCUGGAUGGACUGGGCCGCACACAAGAUCACAGGCUGGGCCCACGCUCUGCCAGACAUGAUCAUUUCCCAUCUCUUCGGAACGGAGGAAAUCUCCAACAACCAUGACCUGAUCGGAACCUACCGCCACCACAUCAUGAACGACAUGAACCACUACAACCUGCAACACUUUGUCAGGGCCUACACCAGCCGUAGGGACCUGGAGAUCGAGAGACCCAUCCCAGGAAGCCCCAUCAACCCCAGAACGCUGAAGUGCCCUUCCCUGCUAGUGGUCGGGGACAACUCCCCUGCUGUUGAGGCCGUGGUCGAUUGCAACACCAAGCUGGACCCCACCAAGACCACUCUGCUGAAGAUGGCUGAUUGUGGAGGCUUGCCCAUGGUCGACCAGCCCGCGAAACUGACAGAGGCAUUCAAGUACUUCAUCCAGGGCAUGGGAUACAUGCCCUCCGCCAGCAUGACCCGCCUGGUCCGCUCGCGAACCGCCUCGGGCUCGAGCGUCGCCUCCUUCGACGGCAACCGCUCGCGCUCGCACACCAACGACGGCAACCGCUCGCGCUCGCACACCAACGACGGCACGCGCUCACGCAGCCAGACGACGGAGCACCCGCAGCGCGGCCGCUCCCACACGGACACCAUGGACGGCUCCGGCAGCUCGGACCAGGCCGUGCUCAAGUCCACCGAAGUGUCCUGUUAGGCUAGUCGUAGCGGUAGCGCUAGCAGAGGAAGACGACCGUAGCCCCGUACACCCAGCCCUCGGCCUUGCUGCGCUGCCACCAAACUGUCAGAACGGGGCACACACACAACACACACGAAGAGCCAGAGGGACAUCGCCUCCCCCUGGCUCUAUAAGAAACAGCAACGCACAAAUACCUUUGUACGUUUUGUACCGUAUUUCUGAUUCCCUGCAAAUUACAGAAUACAUUUUAAGAUGAGAACACACACCCAAAGUUUGUAGGGUGGGUUAAUCAUCACUCAUGCAUUGUUAUUCCCCACAACAUUUGAUCACAAAAACAACACAAUUCUCGCUCUUGGCUCUGUGAGUAGCUAGGGACAGCGCAGCAUAGGACCAACCUUAAAGGAGAACUCUUCCUUUCUUUCUCUCUCUAAGUACACCAGCUUGUACACAUAAAUCGCGUUUCAUCUUUCAUACACCAAUAAUUUCCCUGUCAUUUUUUUGACCUUGUUAAAUGGUCCAUAGUGUUCAACCACACUUAACCAGCUCUCAGCCUCUCCCCCACCCUGGCUUUCUCAAAUAGGCCUAUACCCUUAUCUUGAUUGUCAAUGAGUUUUGAAUGUUUUAAUUUCUUUCUUGCUGCAAUCUCUCUUUACUUUGCAUGUUUUAUGUGUUUUGGUUUUUGUUUGCAUAGAAGCCGAGGUUGUAGAUGUGGAGCAAAAGAGAGAGAAUGAGGGGGCGUUUCAUGCCAAAAAAAAGGCAGUUUCAUUCACAGAUUUACUUGAUGUCUUUGAAAACGUAAGGGACCAGAUUUAAGUAUGUUGUGUAUAUAUAAAGUAUGUAACCCCUAUGCUAAUGACUCCUUUGUUUUGGGGAUAUUAUGUCAAUUUUGUUUUUGAACAUAUAUCUGUCCAUGUUAACAACAAUCUAGGAGAUGUAUUUGUCUCUCUAUUGUCUCUAUUUACUUAAAUUUACUGAAAAUCUGCAUUGACAUUCCGAAUCAGAUGUUUGACGUUUGGUUGUGACUUUCUUUUGUGACUUUUUUUAAUUUGUAGAACGUUGUAGGACUUUCCAAUUUAUUUUUAACCAAUUUAAUGCUUUGCAAAACAAGUUCAAAAACAGGCACAUACUAAAAACUCUGCAUUUAUUAUGCUUUGUUAACUGAUCAGGGUUGCAGACAUGAAUCAGUUCAUUGUUUAAUAGGUUUCUUUUGUGAUGAUUUCUAUGCAAUCAAGCACAAAGGAACAAAAAUGUGCCAUGGUGUUGCUUACUUUUUUUUUUGAGGUGACACUUCUGUUGUUUUGGAUGAUGGAAGGGUGAACUGGUCGAUCAAAAUGUAAACUGAAGGAUAGCCGUAGCACUAACAGGACACCCACCCCCCCUACCAUCC